AUGCCAUUUUCAUACAAAAAUUUGUGUAUAACUUGUAAAAUUUUUAUUACAUUGUUCAAGCAAAUAUAUUGCUAAUAUAAAUGAUUAUACUUUUAAUAUUACAAGUAACGUAACAGCAAGUUCGCACACGGUCUUCUUUCUUUCAAUUUUCUCUAAUCCCUCUGGAUUUCAAAACUUUUCUGAAGAGUCAUGAAUACGGUUUGACCAUUGGAUAUAGUCAUAUCUACCUCCGCACGAAUCAUUGCAUAUUUAACAUAGACAAUUCGCGAUUAUAUUACCAGUAUUGAAAAGAGGGAAAAACUACUUUACAUUUUUCCCUUAUCUUGCAACAAACUUGCGGAAAACAACGGAAAAUAUAUUUACGAUCCGCGUGCAUGCAAUUUACGUACGAUAAUAAUAUUUUAUAAACAUUCAAUGAUCAGCUUCUGAAGAAUAUACCAAUUUAAUAAUUUUUUAGAUUUCUCUUUCUGCCUUUUAGUCUCUUAGAUAGAUAUUCUGUAGUGUAUGGUUUCCAUCACGUGAAAUAUAAACUAUAUUUCACUGAAGUGUUCGUCGAAAGAUAGACCUAUAGUGGUGGAAAUAUAUUUCUUUUGCCUUAUACCAAAGACUUUAAUUUUUAUAUUUGUUACACACCUUAACAAAUUUAUUUGUAUAAACAGGCAGGAGUAAAAAGAACAUAGAGAAUCAUGGUUGGUCAGAAUCCGCUUAACCGCAUGGUGAAAUUUAUACUCACUUUGUGCGGUGUUUGGCCAGGUGGAUCAUCUGUUCUAUUCUGCAGAAUACUUUUCACCGUUUCACUGACAUUUGCUCAGUACUGUAACUACCGUUACAUUAUGAUACACAUGCAUUCUAUUGCAAUUGAGGAUGUCGUAACCUGGUUGACCGUCGUCUUGGCACACUGCAAGGUGUUUUUUAAGUGCCUCAUAUUUUGGUUAAAUCAACGGUAAGUAAUGUGUACAUGUAUAAAAUUGGAAACAAUAUAGAAGUAUUCCAACAAAUUUUGCUGGUUGGAAUAUGUGAAAGGUUUGUUUACAUAUUUAACAUACAGAAAUAACAAAUAUGGAAAGAGAUGAGUAUUCACAGUACAAAAAUUAAGAUAGCUUUAAGAUCGAUAAUAUAAUCAUUUAUAGAAAAUUCAUCGAAGUCUUAACAAUGAUGCAAGAGGAUUGGAGUGAUUGCGCUAAGAACGAUGUCUGCAUGCGUGAGACAGUAAGAAAAGCAAAAAUGUCGGAACGUAUUACAAAUAUGUUGAUAAUCCUCCACACGACGUCAAUUGUUUCACAUUCCAUGGGUGUCUUUUUGGCUAAUGUCGAUGUCACCAGUAACACGACGGAGAUACUCUUCUUCACUAAGAUUGACUAUCCUUUUGAUAUAAACACGCAAUCCACAUAUAGAUUUGUUUUAGUAACAGAUUUCUUCUUUUUACUCACGUGUUCCUGUUCAGCUGCUAUAACAAAUGCUUUGUUAGUAAUUUUGAUUCUACAUACAGCUGGCCAAAUCAAUAUUCUGCGUUACUGGUUAAUGGAGCUUACAUCCUUUAAAGAAAAAAACAAAAAUGAAUCAAUCGCUGUCAUAAUGACUAAAAUUAUUCAAAAACAUCAAAAAAUUAUACUUUUUACGGAAAAUAUUGAAAGCCUUUAUACAUAUAUUGCGUUGGUGCUAUUUGCGUCAAAUAUGAUAUUGAUUUGUUUGGUCGCUUUUCUUGUCGUAAAGAGAAUUAGCGCCCUUAAUGCAGAGUUAAUAAUAAAAAAUCUCUUAUUUUUCACUAUUACGAACAUCGAAGCGUAUAUAUACUGCUAUCUUGGUGAAUACUUGAGGGACAAGAGCAGAAAAAUUGAUUUUGCGGUGUACAGCUCUACAUGGUAUGAUAUGAAAAAUAAAGAUAGUAGUACUCUACUAUUUGUCCUACUGAGAUCGCAAAAGCAACUAACGCUAACAAUUGGGAAAAUGAUGGAUCUGUCCUUGCAAACCUUUACAAGUAUUAUGAAUGCUUCAGGAUCAUAUUUGUCGGUACUAUUAGCAAUGCAAUAGACAUUACAUCAUAACACAGAUUUUUUUAGCAACAAUAAAA